AUGGGUGAAGGAAACCGAACUGCGAUCUCUGCGAUCCCCGCCCUCCUUUUCUCGGGUGGAACUUCCUAGGGGGAGGGGCAGGGUCCAGCGCCCAGAGGCCGGGCUCCCAGAACAGCUCCCCGUGAUGCUGCCGCUGUGGGUGGCGGUGGUCGCAGUCUCGGCGCUGGCAACACCAGCUCCUGGGGCAGGUGGGCAGAGGCGGGGAGCAGUUAAGGCUUGGCCAGAUGCGCCUAACGUGGUGCUAGUCGUGAGCGACUCCUUCGAUGGAAGGCUAACAUUUUAUCCAGGGAGUCGGGUAGUGAAACUUCCUUUUAUCAACUUCAUGAAAGCACAUGGCACGUCCUUUCUGAAUGCCUACACAAACUCUCCGAUCUGCUGCCCAUCGCGCGCAGCAAUGUGGAGUGGCCUCUUCACUCACUUAACAGAAUCUUGGAAUAACUUUAAGGGCUUAGAUCCAAAUUAUACAACAUGGAUGGAUGUCAUGGAGAAGCAUGGCUACCGAACACAAAAAUUUGGAAAACUGGACUAUAUUUCAGGGCAUCACUCCAUCAGCAAUCGUGUGGAGGCCUGGACAAGAGAUGUUGCUUUCUUACUCAGACAAGAAGGCCGGCCUAUGGUUAAUCUUGUCCCUAAAAAGACUAAAGUAAGAGUGAUGGAAGGGGACUGGAAGAAUACAGAUAGAGCAGUAAAUUGGUUAAGAAAGGAAGCAAUUAAUUACACUCAACCAUUUGUUCUGUACUUGGGAUUAAAUUUGCCACACCCAUAUCCUUCACCAUCUUCAGGAGAAAAUUUUGGAUCUUCAACAUUUCACACAUCUCUUUAUUGGCUUAAAAAAGUGUCCUAUGAUGCCAUCAAAAUCCCAAAGUGGUCACCUCUGUCAGAAAUGCACCCUAUAGAUUAUUACUCUUCUUAUACCAAAAACUGCACUGGGAAGUUUACAGAAAAAGAAAUUAAGGAUAUUAGAGCAUUUUAUUAUGCUAUGUGUGCUGAGACAGAUGCUAUGCUUGGUGAAAUUAUUUUGGCUCUUCACCAGUUAGAUCUUCUUCAGAAAACGAUUGUCAUAUACACCUCAGACCACGGAGAGCUGGCCAUGGAACAUCGUCAGUUUUAUAAAAUGAGUAUGUACGAAGCUAGCGCCCAUGUCCCACUCUUGAUCAUGGGACCGGGAAUUAAGACCAACCUACAAGUAUCAAAUGUGGUUUCUCUUGUGGAUAUUUACCCUACUAUGCUUGAUAUUGCUGGAAUUCCUCUGCCUCAGAACCUGAGUGGAUACUCUCUGCUGCCAUUAUCAUCAGAAAUGUUUAAGAAUGAACAAAAAUUCAAAAACCUACAUCCGCCCUGGAUUCUGAGUGAAUUCCAUGGAUGCAAUGUAAACGCUUCCGCCUACAUGCUUCGAACUAACCAAUGGAAGUAUAUAGCCUACUCUGAUGGUGCUUCAGUAUUGCCUCAACUCUUUGAUCUUUCCUCAGAUCCAGAUGAACUAACAAAUAUUGCUACAAAAUUUCCAGAAGUUACUGCUUCUUUGGAUCAGAAGCUUCGUUCCAUUAUAAACUACCCUAAGGUUUCUGAUUCUGUCCACCGAUACAAUAAAGAGCAGUUUAUCAAGUGGAAACAAAGUAUAGGGCAAAACUAUUCAAAUGUCAUAGCAAAUCUUAGGUGGCAUCAGGACUGGCUGAAAGAACCAUGGAAGUAUGAAAAUGCCAUUGAUCAGUGGCUUAAAAGCCACUCUGAUCCAUAAAAUAUUUGAACAAAAAUAAGAAAAUAAUGUUCUAGAACUAUAUAGAAAUAUGUUAAAAGAUCAUGAUUAUGCAUUUUAAACAUUAGUCUUAAUAAUUACUGAUUUUCAGUUAAAGAAUGUACUCUUCUAAAAUAAAAUAUCAAUCAUUAUAGAAUUACAUAUUUUCAAACAUUACUAUCAAGACCUUAUUCUUAUAAACUUCUGACAACUUAACCAAAAUAUUAAAAGGGUAGAAUCAAAUACUAUCAUAUAAAGUUGUGUUCCUCUGAAUAUUAUGGAAUAUAAAAUAUUUUAACAAUUUUUAUUACUUAUGACCCAUAAAAUAGUUGUUUUUGAGUAUUUGAUGGUGUCUGAUGAGUUAUUUUUAUUUGAUGGGAUAUAGAUCAUUUGGAUGUAUUUGAUGGGAGUAUUUGGAGUAUUUUAAUGGUACACAGACCAUGGAUAUGGCAGAAAUUAUUAUUUUUUAAAAUAGGUAAUACAUGCACAAGGUACAAGCUUCAAAAAGUACUGAACAGUUAACAGUGAGCAUGAAGUCUCUCUCCUUUCCCAGUCCCCCAGCCACCCAGUACCCCUUCCUGGUGGCAACUACUGUAACCACCUAUGUAUCCUUUGAGAGACAGGCUCCCACAAACUUUAUAUUCUUCCCCAGCACCCGCCCCUGACACACACACACAAAUGGUAGCAUACUAUAAAAGAUGUUCUACAGCUUGCUCUCUUUUUUUCCAUUUAACAAAGACACCGAGGACUUCCCUGGUGGCCCAGUGGUUAAGACUCCGCGCUUCCACUGUGGCGGGCACGGAUCCCUGGUCCAGGAACUAAGAUCCCCACAUGCCAUGCGGCACAGCCAAAUAAAUAAACAAAUAAAUAAUUUUAAAAAUGAAAAAUAAAAAACACCUAGAAGUGAAAUUACUGGGGCAAGACUAUAUCUAGCAAAAUUACUCUAGAUACCACCAAAUGACCCCUAAAGAAGUUAUACCAAUUUAUACUCUUACCAGCAAUGCAUGGCCUCACACUUGCUGCCAACUGGGUAGAUAAAAAAUACUUUAUUAUUGUUUUUCUUCUUUUUCUUACUAUGAGUAAAGUAGAUCAUAUUUUCAUAUAUUUAAUAGCCACUGGAAUUUCCUUUACAUGACCUUUCUUAUUUCUAUUCUUUGCCUAUUUUUCUGUUGGUUGGUUGUCUUUUUUAUUACAGGCAUACUUUAGAUAUUAGCUCUCUGUCUGUGAGAGAAGCUACAAAUAUUUUUUUCCUUUUCAUAAUUUGUCUUUUGACUUUGCCCUGGUGUUUGUUGACAUGUAGAAAUUGGUAUUUUCAUGCAAAUUUAUGAAUCUUUGCUUUUGUGGCUUGGAGAUUUUGUGUCAUAUUUAGAAUGGCCUUCCCCACUUAUCUUCUUUUAGAGUUUUAUUUUUUACCCUUAGAUCUUUGACCCAUUGGAAUGUAUUACAUAUUAGAGAUCUAACUUUCGUUUGUUUUUUUAAGAUGGCCACCCCAAUUGACCUUUUAUUGAGUAAGCUAAUAUUUGUCCCAUUAGUUAGAAAAUGCCACUCUAUUAUAUAACAUCUUUUAUUGAACAAAUUAUCUUUUCCUCUAUUGAUCUGAAAUGCCUUUUUCAUUAUAUACAAGUCACAAUGACAUUUGGGUCCUUUCAAAACAUUUCUUACUUUGCAGUGGACCAGUCUAUUUUGUUUAUUAAUAGGGUAGGCAAUAUCUGGUGAUACUAUUUUCUUUGCAACAGUUUUCAUUUUUGGAAUUGUCCUUGGCUAUUCUUGCUAACUUAUUUUUCCCAUACAAAUUUAGAAUAAGUUUGUGUAGUUCCAAAAAUGAAAAAUCUUUUUAGUCUUUUUAUGAUAUAUUAAAUUUAUAGCCUACUUUAGGGCAAACUGAAUUCUUUGUGAUAUUCGGUUAUUCUAAAGAAUAUAGUCCACUUUUCCCUUUCUUCAAGCCUUCUUCAUAUUGCUCAGUAGCAUUCUAAGUUUUCUUCAUAUAGAUUAGUUUCUUCUUAGAGAUUUUUGGAAAGUAGGGACCUUUAAAAAAAUACCACCUAGGACCCGUCCCACACCAGUGGAAUUAGAAUUCUAGGGACGGCACCUGGGCAGUUUUGUUCUUAUUGCUGUUUUGUUUGGUAAGCCCUCCAGCGGACGAUUCUAAUGUGCAGCCAGCGGUGAGUUUAUUCCUAGGUGUUUUAUCAUUUGUUGGUGUUGUGCUAUUUUAAGUAGAUGUUUCUUCCAUUGUAUCUUCUAAUUGGUUAUUUGUAUAUACAAAUUUUAUUUCUAUAUAUUUACUUUGUACCAAUAAUACAAUUUUUUUGGUACUAAUAGUUUUCCAGUUGGUAUCUUGUAUUUCUCUGGUAAAAAGUUUAUCUGCAAAUAAUAAUUUUACCUAAUUUCCUUUUAACCUAACUUCCUUUUUCCAACUGUCUUGGAAGUUUUCUUCAUUAGACAGCUCAUCACCUUUACUUUCUUUAUUGUUCUUCAGUGAAUUGGUAUGAGCUUAUCUUUGUAGUUAUGUAUGAAUUUCUGAGAAAUAAUUUUCACUUCAGAUACAUUCUGAAGUAAAACCCUUAAGAGAAAGAUCUCAAGAUUUAAACUAUUGAGGUUAAAAUUAAAAUAUACAAAUCUACUUCUCAUCUCCUAAUUAAACCUAAGGAAUAAAAAAAUAGCUAAUGUGUGAUGUAUAUGCUAAACAUAGUGAAAAAUAAAGCAAUAAUAAUAGAAAUGUGGUUUUGAAAACAGAAGCAUGUGAAGAUAAACAUAAUCCACCUCAUUCUAUUCAAACUCUUUAAGAUGC